GGUACAUUGAAUGAUGUUUACACAAACAUACUUAAGUUGUGCUACUUAAUCAAUACUUUUUAACCGCGGUUAAACCUGCAUCAUGCCGAAGCGUGGAAGGGGUGGUUCAUCUGGUGGAAAGUUCCGAAUUUCAUUGGCUCUUCCUGUUGGAGCUAUAAUGAACUGUGCUGACAAUAGUGGUGCUAAAAAUUUGUAUGUAAUAGCCACUUUUGGCGUUCGAGGUCGCUUGAACCGUCUUCCAUCAGCAGCAACUGGUGAUCUCAUUGUUUGCUCAGUUAAAAAAGGGAAACCAGAACUAAGAAAAAAGGUGUUGUAUGCUGUAGUUGUCAGACAACGCAAGGCCUUCAGACGUAAAAACGGGGUAUUUAUUUAUUUCGAAGAUAACGCUGGCGUGAUUGUUAACAACAAGGGGGAACUUAAAGGUAAAGUUUAAAGAAUUUUACUCCCUACUUUGUUGUUUCAGGGUCACCAUGCCCUUUACACGUUUAGAUUGGUAUUCUUGCGUUAAAAAAAGCCUGGGAGUGAGUUCUUUGCAGGUAUAUUCGCAUGAUCUGAUAUAGGAUCAUCGAUAGACUGAAUUAAGGUGACAAUCUUAUGAAAGACUCGAGUUCAGGAUCUGAGAUACAUUACAUAAUCCGUUCAAUAAGUUAUCGUGUUAACGUUUCGGACAAACUCUUCCAACCAACCUUUUAUAAACCCUUCAAAGAUUAAUUAUCUAAGAUUGAAUGAUGAAUUUGCAUUUGUCUGAAGUCACAUCAAGAAUAAUAGAUUAUCACUUCGUAGUAGAGAAAACUAAUCUAUCCAGCAUAUAAUAAUCAGUGGUAAUCUGGUGGGUUCUUUGAUAGUGCUACCCUUAUCUUUCUAGAAGUAUGUUUCAAUUGUUUCCUAGAUUGUAAGUGGACUAUAUGGAUUGGUUUAAUGACAUUCUUAGUGUUAGAUAGUAGCACCUCAAUAUUUUAUUAAGUGAGACUGAAAUGGAAUGAUAGUAUCACUGAAUAUAUAUGAAAGUAUAAGAAAUUCAGUUAUCAAUAGUGUCACUUUAAGGAAACAUUGCGUGUUGUUCUCAAUCGGUAAACAUAUGAUUGUUUGUAGUGCUUUUUUCUGGCUGUUUCUAAAUAAAUUGUCUUACUUAACGGCGUUCUUGUUGAAUUUUUAACUGGCUGUUUUCACAUCUUGUGUAUUUUCUGGAGUCAUGUUUGACCAGGAUUUAUCUGCUUCAGGCAAGUAUUUAGUAAGGGUUACUAACCCAGACGAAGUUGUGACUUUUCGAGACGUAGUCCGCCAAAUGCAUAAUCGUCGGUCGUGCUAUGGUUGCCUAGUUUGUUAACGUUUACUGUUUCAAGCAUUCACUAAUGACUAUAUUACUUGAUCAGACAGUUAUCUAGUUGGACACUUCAAAGAAAUAGUCCACGCAGUGACAACAGUACUACUGCUAGUUAAGUUCAGUAAAUUGUUGUACUGAAUAAUACCUCAUACCAAUUAUUUUCAUUAAAUAAUAAGACCUAGUGGCCUUACGUUCCUGCCUUAAAGUAUUGUUAGCGCUUACAAACCGACUGGUAGUUUUUAAUGUUUGUCUGAUAAGUUGGUUUUGAAUAAGUAUGCAAUCUUCCAUUACUUUCAAAGCAAACGUCUUAAUGAAUAAUCACUAUGUAACGUUUUUGCCAUUGUCUUGUUAAUUUGAAUUGUUAAAAACGUUUAAUAGAAAGAACAACACUUCACUUGUCAAGUCUUACAGUAAAACAAACCCCAUUUUUUCAUUUCAGGCUCGGCAAUUACCGGUCCUGUGGCUAAAGAAUGCGCUGAUAUGUGGCCAAAAAUUGCAUCAACCGCCAGUUCCAUUCAUUAGUUAAUAAAUUUGUAUCAUUGGCCU